CUUUAAUAAAAGAUCGCUUAUUUGUGCGUUGCAAUCAUAGACCUAUAAUAACAUAUAGGUCUAUGGGUUGCAAUAACUCUCUAAUAACCGAACGCGCUUACUGUGCUGAUAUUUCAGAUUUUGCUAGAAAAUUCUUGAGAGAUUAGUGGUUUAUAAGACUUCGUUAAUCUAUGGUGAUUUAUUACUAAUUACACUAUAAUGCUUUCUGUAAAAGUGUUUCUGUCAUUAUAGUAAUAAUAAAAUAUAGUAUAUUGUUCCUUUAUUCGCUAAAGUUUGAAUUAUAAUGGAGCAAGAAGCAGAAGAGUUGAAAAAAGAUAUUUCUGAAUUGGAAAUACUCAUCAAACAAGCUGAAAGGCAAAAAGUGAAAGACAUAUUAAGCAUUGAAUUGAGAAGAUUGGGAUCUAAACAUGCUAAUCUUCUAGAAUCAUUGAAAAAAGAAGAGUCUACCUCUUCAAGCACACCUAUCAUACAAACAAAUAGAAAAUAUCGAGUUAAACUUAAUAAUUACGCUUGGGACCAAUCCCAGAAAUAUGUAAAAUUUUUUUUUACUGUCGAAGGAGUUCAUAACAUUCCAUCAGAAAAUAUUACAUGCAGUUUUACAUCUAAAUCUCUUGAAUUAGAUAUAAAGGAUUUGAAUGAGAAGGAUUACUUUUUCACUAUAAAUAAGCUUCUAUAUACUAUUGAUCCAGAAAGUAGUACCUGGAAAGUGAAAACAGAUAUGGUGGUAAUAAGUGCGGUCAAGGUGGAUUCUCUAACUUGGUCACAUGUUACUGAAAUUGAAAAGAAAAAUAGUGAUGCUAAAGCUAAAAAAUAUGACUUUGAUGAAUCUGAUCCAAAUGAUUCCCUAAAGACUUUAAUGAGAAGAUUGUAUGAUGAAGGGGAUGAUGAAAUGAAAAGAAGCAUUGUUAAAGCAUGUACUGGUCAGAAUAAGGAGAAGUCCUUAGAUUUGUAAGGUCAUACAUAAAUUUUGAAUUGAUGGAUUUUUGUCUCUCAUAGAUGUUGGGUAAUGAAUUUAUUUUAAAUUUUCUUGAAAUAAAUAAUUUUUAAUUUAUUAAUUGAAUUGCAAUAUAAAAUAUGAUUUUU